AUGCGGACCGAAGUGGUAGGUUUUGAUUCCUUCAAGGAAUUGUUUGAAGAGGAUGAUGACUUCAAUGACAUAUGGGAGAAGUGCACCUCAAGGCAACCCAUAACCGAAUAUCAUUUUCAUGAUGGUUUCCUGUUCAAAGGGAACCGAUUGUGCAUCCCUGUGAGUUCGUUGCACGAAAAGCUAAUUCAAGACUUGCACAGAGGUGGCCUUAGUGGUCACAUGGGGCGCGAUAAGACCAUUGCUAGCAUGGAAGAGCGCUAUUACUGGCCACGAUUGAAGCGGGAUGUGGGAAACCUAGUUCAAAAAUGUGAUGUGUCAAGUAGCAAAGGGACAGACACAGAAUACUGGUUUAUACUUGCCCCUCCCUAUUCCAGAUGCAAUUUGGGAGGACUUGUCCAUGGACUUUGUGCUCGGACUUCCUCGAACUCAGCGAGGACUUGA